CACACCUUUGGCCCAACUUGAUGUCACAGAACCCACAUAAUCAUCAAUAUCCCCAGUAAUCAUAUUUUACUGCCCUGUUUCUCCACAGCCACAGGUGUACUUUUUUCAUCCAUUUCUCCUCAGGCUAUUUUUUCCCCUGCUCCUAGACAUCAUGUCUGUCACCGGUGAAAGUUAUAGCCCCUCCACUCUGUCGGAACAUGCCCGCAGAAGUGGUGAGUCAGAAAAGAAGUUAAUACAUAAGAAAAAGUCCAUGCGUCUGUUGCCCAGUUGCACUGUGUAGUAUCUAACCCGCACACCUGGACCCGGGUUACAGCUGUGUAAGAAAAAACUUUGUGUGUGUGUGUAUUAACGGUGUGGAGAAGGCUAUUAAGGGAUCCACCUUAAAUUGAAAGAUUGUUGUUCAGACAAGCUGAAAGAUAACAUGGGAUGGAGAAUCUAACCACAACAAAGAUUGUCAAGUCUGGGGGAGCGGCUGGAGGGAGUGGCAAAGUGACCACAGAAACGGUAACCACGACAACCAGGUUGACAUCACUGCCACCAAAGAGCGUGAGUGUCUCUUCCAGUCAACGGACGGCAUCUGGCAGCGGCUCAGCUGCAGCUGCAGGUGUCCUGUCUCUGAGCGGGGGCCUCUCCGGGGACAGCAGCUCAGUGUUCACCUCCAGCAGCGGAUCCACCUCCACCUCUUACGCGGCUGGAGGCGGCGGUGGUGGAGGUAGUGGUGGAGGGGGUGGUGGAGGGGUUGGUGGAGGCGUCGGAGGUGGUUACGGAUCUGGCAAAGGUUCUGGAAACUUGACCGUCACUUCCCUGGGCGCUUCCUCCACCGGCAACGCCUCGGGCGGACGGAGCUCCUCGCUCUCCCGCGGCUCUGAUUCAGAGUUUGUGAUCGGCAUGACUGGAGGAAGAGGCGGCGCUGUCUCUAGCGUGACCAAGACCAGCUACAGCUCGGGAGGGUCCGGAGGUGCACGGCUUGGGUCCUCCUCCUCGUCCUCCAAGCCGAUGUACUCGCCUGUCACAGAGAGGAAGACCAUGAGCAUGACGAAGACCUCCCGCUCCGGUACUUACGACGGAAGUUCCAGUGGGAACUCAUCCCCUGAAUACACCAGGAGAGAAUAUGGCUCUUUAAAUCCUACCACAAGAGGACGGACGGAGAGCAGAGAGAGUGAGAUCAGAGCCAGACUCCAGAGUGCUUCUCCUUCCACCAGAUGGACGGAGCUGGGCGAUGUGAAGCGUCUUCUGCGGGGCAGCCGCUCCGGCAGUGUCAGCCCCACCCGCUCCCCCACCAGCACGCUGCCCAUCCCCACCAAGGCCAGCGUGGACAGCCGGACCCUGUCCGACAGCUCCCAGGGCACCGCAGGCCAGUACGAAAGCGUUUGGACCGGCGGUGUGAACAGUGUUGGUAGCUAUGGUUACAGCACCAACGCAAACAACCUGUCUCCGGUGGGCGCGCUCCGUCUGACAGACACCGGGCUGCAGAGGAACCUGACCCAGAGCUCUCCCCCCGUCAGCCUGGGAAUGGCGGCCUCCACCACCUCUGGUCCGCUGUACGGGGUCCAGAAUAACCUGAUCAGCACAAGUAGCACGGGCUACACUGCAAACGGCAUUCAUCCACAUGCAGGUUACGGGGUACAGAAAAAUGUCAGCACUUCUGGAUAUAGCACAGUUGCAAUGGCACCCAGCAGUCCCACCAGCGACGAUGUCUUCUCCAAGGAUUUCCGGUUCACUACCCUGGAAAAGGACAACGCUCCAAUCAAGAAGGAGACAGAGCGACUGGUGAUGACCAAGGACACCGGCAAGAUGUUCAGCUCCAAUCCCACCUCCACCUCUGGCUCGUACGCAGAGGACUCGCUGAAGAGAGAGAAGAAGAAGAUGUCGUCCAUCUCACUGGAGGCAGGAGGAGCUAAUGCUAACGGAACUGCUCAGAUUUACACCAAAGACAAGGCGACAUAUGCAGAGAUCCAGAAGGACGAGUCGGGCCUGGGAGCCGGGUUCAACUCCUGCUGCAGCUGGUGGAAGUGGCUGCUGGGACUCCUGUUGGGCCUGCUGCUGCUGUUGGGCCUGCUGUUCGGACUCAUCGCCCUGGCGGAGAAGUUCAAGCGUCUGGAGGACCGCGUGGAGACGCUGGAGAAGGUCGUGGGCGGCGGGACGGCCAGCACCAGCCGCCUCUCCUCCGUCAACAUCAUCGACCCCCUGGAGUCGUCCUACGUGCAGAAGAAGACCUUCGCCGGCACCGCCCAGUCGCGCUCCGGCAACGGGAUCGACCUGGGGGCCUCGGGGCCCGGGGCCGGCGGUGGCGGCGGCGGCCUGGGGGUCGCCGUUGACAGCGCCGCCCUGCAGAGAGCCGUGGAGCAGCUGGUCCGGGCGGAGCUCCGCUCGGACACCCUGAGAGAAUCCCUGACGUACUCGAUGAAAGGAGCCAGAGGCGAUCCCGGGACUAAAGGCGAUCAUGGGAUGCAAGGAGGGAAAGGUGACACUGGCUUUGCCGGCAUACCAGGCCCUCCUGGUCAGAUGGGCCACCCUGGACUGGAGGGACCACGUGGAUCCAAAGGAAGCGCUGGUGAACCUGGCGCUGAGGGCCCCAUGGGCCAGAGAGGCCGCGAGGGCCCCGCCGGCCCCCGAGGAGGAGUGGGGGCCCCUGGCUUCGGGGAAAAGGGAGAGAAAGGACUGCCAGGUCUUCUGGGAAGCCAUGGUCCUGCUGGCAUUCCCGGACUCUCUGGGCCAAAGGGUGAUGUCGGCCCGCAAGGCAAUUUAGGAGCCCCUGGAACUCUUGGACCUCAAGGCUUCCGUGGAGAGGCAGGCGCUCCGGGACCCAAAGGCGACCGUGGGACAACGGGGCCCCAGGGAAACAAGGGCGAACAGGGGGAGAAGGGCCCUCGCGGCUCUGCAGGUGAAGGUGGACCAGCUGGACCACGAGGCCCGGCUGGAGAUAAGGGUCCUAAAGGGCCAAUGGGUGAACACGGCUCUGAUGGUGAAAAGGGGGCUAGAGGUGAGCAAGGUUCGGUCGGGUUGCCAGGUUUGAGAGGACCGUCCGGACCUGGUGGCGAUGCCGGCGUCCCAGGCAAUACCGGACUACAAGGACCACCAGGUAUUGCUGGCAACCCAGGAGUACCUGGAGCUAAAGGCGAAACGGGAGAACCUGGCAAAAUCCUCAGUGCAGCCGGAUCCAACACCGUGGGAAUCCCCGGGCCACCAGGUCCUUCUGGGCCCCCAGGCACCGCGGGACCCCCUGGGCUGUCGGGCCCCAUCGGCCCUGCCGGUCUCCCUGGCCAAUCCGGACCCAAGGGAGAGCAGGGAGAGCCGGGUGACAAGGGAGGCAGGGGCGAGGCGGGGAGGCCUGGCGAGCCCGGAAUCAGUGCCAGGACAUCGGAGACUGUCAGCUCCCCCCGGACCAGGCAGUCCUCAGUCUCUGGCCCCCCUGGGCCCCCCGGACCCCCUGGGAUCCCAGGCCAGCCCGGUCCACAGGGCUAUGCCGCUGAAAGCAUUCCGGGUGCACCAGGACCAGCCGGACCAGCCGGUCCGGCUGGGAAGGCCGGUAGUCCAGGUCUCGGUCAGCCCGGACCCAAAGGAGAACCGGGGGAGCCGGGCAGCUUCGUCCCCACCUCAGAAACCUUCUUCGCUGGACCUCCCGGACCCGCUGGACCCCGCGGCCCUAAAGGAUCCACUGGCGAGAGAGGACUGCAGGGUUACCAAGGGGACCCAGGCCAGCCAGGGCUACCAGGCAGCCCAGGGGAUGCGAACGGCGGUGGUCUCGGGUUCCCCGGCCAGCCCGGUCUCAUGGGCCCUCCCGGACCUGCUGGAUUCCCGGGACCUAAAGGUGAGGACGGGAUCCCGGGAGCUCCAGGAGCACCAGGCGAUUCAAGCGGGGCGGUGGCCGCGGGGCUCCAGCAGGGCAUCCCCGGGCCCCCCGGCCCCCCAGGCCAGCCUGGGAGGGACGGGCAGGGCUCUGGGUCCGUGGACGUGGGCCCGUAUGUUGCAGACUACCUGCAGCGCGGUGACCUUCUGCGUUAUCUCCCGGCUGGCCCUCCCGGCCCACCGGGGCCCCCUGGUGGCGACUCUGUGAACGACGUCGCCAGCAUGGUCAUCUCCUACAUCCAGGACCAGGGCUUCGGCUCCGGGGUCGCUGGCCCCCCCGGCCCUCCUGGGUCCAUCUCUGUCAAUGACAUCAUCAACCUGCUGCAACAGGAGGAGGUGCGGAGGUACGUGUCCGGGCCCGCCGGCCCCCCAGGGGUCCCAGGGUCCCCAGGGGCCCCAGGCAUCCCCGGGGCCCACGGGGGCUACGGAUACAACCCCCAGGAGCUGGCUCAGCAGGUCUACAUCAUGAUGUCUGAGAACGGGCUGGCCGGCGUUCCAGGACCGCCGGGACCCCCUGGCGCUCCCGGUAUUCCCGGAGACCUGUCUCUGGUGCAGAACGCUGGGUUCCUGGGUACGCCUGGCCCCCAGGGGCAUCGCGGGGAGCCCGGUCCCCCGGGCCUCCCGGGGCCCUCCGCCGCCCCGUGGACACACGAGGCCCACGCCGCUGCCCACCCCGGCGGCCCCAUGUACGGCCUGGAGCAGAUCCAGGACUACCUCCAGAAUGUAGGCUUGAGAGGCUUCCCGGGCCCGCCUGGCUCUCCCGGCCCCAUGGGGCCCCCCGGGCCUGAGGGCCCCCCCGGUACUGUCAGAGGCCUGGUGUCCUACGCAGAACACACGGAGAACAACAGGGAGAUGCUGCCCAGGGAGGCAGAGUACGCCAGAGACGACCCUAUGAGGCGGCUCGCCAUGCACGGGCCCCCCGGCCCCCCGGGGCCUCCUGGACCCCAGGGCUACAAGGGAGAGCGUGGUGAGCCGGCCCCCAGGACCCCUCACGACCACCGGACCAGCCAGGGACGCACGCUGGCGGACAGCGGGGACUACUCAGACAUCGCCGCCAGAGUGACCGACUACAUCCAGUCUCACGGCCUUCUGCGAGACGCCACGAGGGACCGGUCCGACCGGGUGGUGCACGGGCCCCCGGGCCCCGCGGGACCCCCGGGCCAACCGGGGAACGCCACUGACCUGGUGGAAUACAUACGAUCCCACGGCCUGCUACGAGACACAGUGAGGGAGUACACCGAUCGCAUCGUCCAAGGGCCCCCGGGGGCUCCUGGAGAGCCCGGUCAGCCCGGGUACAGCCAGCCCCUCGGCCCCGACGGCAGCGUCACUGACUUGGUGGAAUACAUCAAAGCGCACGGAGCAUUCACCGGACCCCCUGGGUAUCCUGGGGUCAAAGGUGACAGAGGAUACACGGGUCAAAAAGGAGAGAGAGGUGAACAAGUUUAUCCCGAUCCAUGGAGGGGAGAUAAAGUAGAGAGCCACCUCAGGACUUCUAGAAGAAGGAGGCACGUGGCCGCCUGAGGAGUCUGGACGUCGGCAGUAGGCGUGGGAGUUUUAGUGUGAAACCUUGCUGAGUUUGGGGUUUCUGACGGUGGUCCUGGCAUUCCUAACGGGACUAUGGGGAGCACACUGUGGUGUGUAUAUGUAGACACACCGCGCGCAGGGGUCUGGGACCAGUGGUGUUGAGUUGAGCCUGCUCACCGGUUUAAUUAACUAAUUGUAAAGUGGGGCAUUCAUGGGUUUAUGUUUUCAUACGUUUCAGUAUUUCUACUGUUUCUACUUUUGUUUGUUUGAGUCAUUUAUGAAUUUUAGCAGAGGUUUUGUAUCAGCAUCUAGGAUUGUAUCGACAUGCAUUAGAAAUUAAACUUUAUAAAAUAGGUCGGAUUUUGUCAGGACAACUUUGGUCGACUGAACAUGUAUAAACUAUGAAACCAAAGACCAUACAAACAUUACCAGCAUAAAGAACAUUGUUUAUUUACAGUACAGAUGUUGAAGCUACAUUACACAGGCAUUACUAAUAGCUAUAAACUCAUUUUAUAAAAUACAUCAUCAUUUACACAUGGAUGUUUAAUUAAUCAACGUACAUACAUACAUACAUACAUAAUGGAAAUGUAUCUCAGUGAAACCAAGCAAUAUUACAGUUAAUUUUACUGAUCAUUUUGACAAUGAAUUGUGCAACAAAAACUGUAAGAUCAGCACAAGCUUAAGCCGAGAGCUUGUUUAUAAAUAGCUACUGUCUGGUAAGUGACAAGGUUCACAACACUCAUGCUUUAGGAUAUGUCUGUGGAUAGCAGCCUAUUAUAGCGGCCUUCCUUGAUUGAUACAUCAAACAGCCAAUCACCAAGAUGUGUUAUUCUGAAAUUAACCAAUGGGAAGUUAGGAUUACCCAAACAGGUCCAGAGCAUUUCAAAAGCUUCCUUGACUACCACAUCAAAUAUGUCACUGCACUUAAGAGUACAUAAAAGUAUUAGAUGAAACCGUUAGUCAAGUAACGGUGAGUAGCAUAUUCUCUUACUGAGCUGGCACUGAAACCAGCCUAUUCACAAUUACUAAGAACUAUACUAUACUAACUACAGUAUAGUCUUUCUGAAGUAGUAAGACUAUUAGCUACACUAUAGUAAUUACAAUGACCCAUUUUUUUUUUUCAAAGAGUGAAUCAAGACCGAGGCAGACGAUCAUGAAUAUCAACAGCACGUAUAAAUAAAUGCCAAAGCAGAAAUAAGCUUUGGUUUUC